GAAUAGAUACCUAUGGUAUGUCUAUGCACAAUUAAAUUUAUAAGUUUGAUCCAUAACAUCUUAUCACUUAGAAAUCUAUAUAAAUAGAUAUGGUUCGAAGCAUAUAAUGGAAGGUUCAUUGAGAUAAAGAUCUGUAAGAAUACGUUGAGUAGUUGGCGUGAGCAGUGGAAAAAUGCCGCAAGACGAAGCAUUAGGAAACGGAACUUGCUUGCCGAUACUUAGUGUUCAGGAGAUAGUAAGAAGUGAUGCUGAAAAUGUACCGGAAAGAUACAUAAGGAACCCUGACAACAGGCCUAACUCUACCGAGAUAAGCCUGGUUCCGGACGACCACAUUCCGGUCAUAGAUUUCUCUUUGCUUGCUCAAGGAGACGAAGAAGAAAGAAGAAAGUUAGAGGUUGCCUGCAAGGAAUGGAGUUUUUUUCAGAUCAUUAACCAUGGGGUGGAGGAGGCUAUACCAAAGAUGAAGGCUGCUGCCGCACAAUUUUUUGAUCUACCACUGUCGGAGAAGAAGAAAUACGCGAUGCCACCAGAUUACUUCGAAGGAUAUGGACAAGACAACAAAGCUGAGGACAAGAAACGUGAUUGGAUGGACCUUCUUUGGUUGCUCACAAUGCCAGCCCACUCCAGGAACACCAAAUACUGGCCUCUAGCAAUACCCGGUUUCCAGGAGUCGGUGGAAGAGUAUGCAACCGAAAUGCAGAGGGUGACCUAUGAAAUCUUGGGGAAUUUAUCGUUGUUGAUGGGUCUGGAAAGAGAUUUUCUCAAAGAGUUACAUGGAGAAGUGAAACAAGGGACUAGGAUGAAUUACUAUCCGGCUUGUGCUAGACCUGAUUUAGUGUAUGCACUUAGUCCACAUUGUGAUUACACCUCAAUAAGCUUUAUUUUGCAAGAUUUCGACAUUACAGCUCUCCAAAUUAAGCACAACGAAAUGUGGGUACCAGUGAAGCCAAUUCCAAAUGCAAUUUCUGUCCUCGUUGGUGAUGUUAUGGAGUCGUGGAGCAAUGGAAAAUACAAGAGCCUUCCGCAUAGAGUUGUUGCAAAUGUGGAAAAGCCGAGAUACGGUAUCAUAUCAUUUGUGAUUCCAAGCAAUGAGGCGAAGCUGGACCCACUCAAAACCAUGGUGGAUGAUGAUCACCCUCCACUUUACAAGAAUGGACUCACGUAUAUUGAAUACCUUCUAUACACACAGACCAAGGAAACGGAGGAAGAUAAAUACGUCAACAUCGAUUACCUCAAAAUACAGAACUGAAUAGUUUUUAUUUUUAUAUAUUUCCAUUUUGCGUUGGUUUGGUUUGUAAGCGUUGAUCUUUGUUUGUUUGCAUGCAUUGGUUUGAAGACACUCGCAUAUCUUUCCAUUGUUACAAUUUCGAAUAAGGGUUGAUUCGAAGCCCUCCUAUGUUGUAGCUGGUGUCACUCUGAUGAACGAUUUGAUUUCCAUCUUACUCCA